AUGGCUUACUUAGCCCCAAUCCAUAGACCAACGAGCGUCAAAUAUGCUUUGAAGCUCAAUCUAUUAGAUCCAGAUGAACAGUGCCUUAUCCUUGCCAAAUCAAAUCGCCUAGAGAUCUACAGCCAAACCGACGAUGGUUUAGUACUCUAUCAUACGCGGACCAUCUAUGGCAAGAUAGCCAUGCUUGAAAAACUCAAGCCGGCCUCCUCCGCCUGUGACCAUCUGUUUAUUGGGACUGAUAGGAAUGUUUAUUUUACAAUAUUUUGGGACGCCCAGUCGAAGCAACUGCAAACACACAAAUCACUUGUAGACCAAGCUGAUAAGUCCUCGAGAGACUCACAAACGCUUGAUCGGUGUCAGAUCGAUCCUUCUAAGCAUUUUAUGGCCUUACUGCUGUAUGAUGGUAUUGUCACUAUUCUUCCCCUGUCGUCCAAAGGCAAAAAGAAAAGUGGCAGUAUGGACGAGCUCGGUGAGCCUGUUCAGACUCGCAUAUCUGAUCUUUUCGUGAGGUCUUGCGUUUGGCUCCAUUCUCGAGAAGACGACAAAGAGCAAUUCAAGCUUGCUUUCUUGUUUGAAGAUUCUCAUCAGAAAGUCUGUUUGAGUGUGCGUGCACUUGACUAUACAGCUGGUGGGAGUGCAGAUCCAGGCAGCGCCGAACUAGAGAAUGUCCUUUUCUAUGAUAACGAGAUAGAACGAGGAGCAAGUCACUUGAUUCCCGUUCCUGGACCAGUCCACGGUGCAUUAAUCCUUGCAGAGACUAUGAUAUACUAUUUUUCUUUUGCUGAUGACGAUGAAGAGCCGCUGAGUGAGCCCCUGGAUGCUGCAGCUCAAUUUGUCGCGUGGACAGCAGUGGAUGAUUAUCGCUGGCUGCUUGCAGAUGAUUAUGGAAAAUUGUAUCUUUUGAUGCUGCUUCUCGAAGACGCCGAAGUAAAUGGAUGGAAAUUGGAUGCAAUCGGAGAGACUUCAAGGGCUUCUGUUCUUGUUUACCUCGACGGAGGAUUGGUCUUCGUAGGAUCUCAUCAAGGUGAUUCCCAAGUAGUGCGGAUUUUGCCGAAUGGCGGAAUCGAGCUCAUUCAAACAAUCUCCAACAUUGGUCCUGUUUUGGACUUUUCCAUCAUGGACAUGGGAAGUCGGUCGGCUGAAGGGCAAACCAAUGAGUAUUCGUCUGGACAAGCCCGUAUAGUAACCGGGUCCGGGGUUUUCAAGGACGGCAGCCUUAGAAGUGUCCGCAGCGGUGUAGGCUUGGAAGAGCAAGGCGUACUCGGCGAGAUGGACCACGUCAUAGAGCUCUUCGCGUUACGAUCCUCACCCACUAAAGCCUACGAUGACAUCCUGGUUGCAUCAUUUGUCAAUGAAACCAGGAUAUUCCGAUUUAGUGCCGAAGGAGAAAUCGAAGAGCAAGCAGUUUUCAACAGUCUCAAACUGUCAGAAAGCACGUUGUUGGCGACUAUGCUCCCCAAUGGGUCUACCCUACAGGUCACUCCAUCUUCGGCUCGCUUGAUAGACAAUGAGAAUGGAAUGGUGCUGAGUGAGUGGUCGGACACGAGAGGGCAACCAAUCACGGCAGCAUCAGCAAGUCAAGAUCGAUUAAUCCUUUCUGUCGGCGGCACAGAGGUGGUGACCUUCAGUCUCACCGAUGACCUGGUGUGUCAUACAAGAAGGGUAUUUUCCGAGGGCCAAAUUGCUUGUGUCCAUGUAUCCGAUUUCAAGUCUGACAUUGGGUUCGUGGGCUUCUGGCAAGGUGCUGAAAUUGCGCUUGUAAACAUCAUUGACCUGCAAACUCAGCAAAAAAUGAGAAUAAGCGAUGAGGGUACCUAUGUGCCUCGAUCUUUGCUUCUGCAGCGCCUCAUAGAUUCUGCACCUCCUCAAACAUUUACUUUUCUAAUCUCAGCUGCUAGUGGUGAAGUCAUUACAUUCUCUUUUGAUUCGAACUCUUUGGAGAUAUCGCAACGGAAAGUUACGGUUCUAGGUACACAGCAAGCAAACUUGAAGGCAAUACCAAAAACAGGAUUUGCACAAAGUCUUUCUAAUGUAUUUGCGAUGUGUGAACAUCCAAGCUUGAUUUAUGGCUCAGAGGGACGUAUUGUGUAUUCAGCUGUUACCGCAGAAAAAGCCACCUCGAUAUGUCCGUUCAAUUCAGAGCUAUACCCUGGAGCCAUCGCUAUUGCCACGCCACAGGAUAUAAGGAUUGCCUUAGUGGAUACCGAACGGACAACGCAUGUUCAGACUUUACAUAUUGGGGAGCUUGUUCGAAGAAUAGCCUAUUCGCCUUCACUCAAAGCUUUUGGGAUUGGCUCAAUCCAUAGAUAUCUAGAAGGCACACAAGAGAUCGUGCAAAGUCGAUUUAAGCUUGCUGAUGAAGUUCAAUUCAAACAACUUGAUACAUUUGAUCUCAACAAGGAGGAGUUAGUGGAAAGUGUCAUCCGGGCGGAGAUAGUCGAAGACGGCGAUGAUCCAGUCGAGCGCUUUAUUGUUGGCACAACAUACAUGGACGAAGAGCAGGGCGAUGCUAUAAGAGGCAGGAUCCUGGUCUUCGCUGUAACCACGGAACGUGUCUUGAGACUGAUUACAGAACUUCCGGUGAAAGGCGCCUGCAGAGCUCUCGGAUGUAUAGAUGGUAAAAUUGUGGCGGCACUAGUAAAGACGGUUGUUGUCUAUACUCUUAGAUCAUCCCGAUUGCAAAAGCUGUGCACCUAUCGAACAGCGACUGCGCCAAUUGAUCUCGCUAUUCACGCUCCGACGAAACAAAUCGCGGUGGCUGAUCUUAUGAAAUCUAUAUCGAUCAUUACCUACCAGCCGCCCUCCAAUUCCAAAUCUGGUGACAUAAGCCCCAAGCUCACAGAGACAGCGCGCCACUUUCAAACAGCAUGGAGUACCGCUGUAACCCAUGUUGGAAAGGACACUUGGCUAGAGAGUGAUGCUGAAGGCAACCUGAUGGUACUUCAUCAAGAUCGAAACGCACUCUCAGCAGACGACAAACGCCGCCUUCGAGUCAACAGCGACAUACGAUUAGGUGAAAUGGUCAAUAGAAUUCGGCCUGUCAACGUCAAUACACCACCGACGGCGCCCGUCAUUCCAAAAGCCUUCAUGGCUACAGUGGAGGGCGGCGUAUACCUGUUUGGUCUCAUCGGAUCCGCUUACUUAGACUUGCUCAUAUCGUUGCAAGAGGAACUUGCCGAGCUUGUCGAGAGCCUUGGGGGUGUUCCAUUCAACAGCUACAGAGGCUUCAAAAACCAAGUUAUGGAAAAAGACUCCCCUUAUCGAUUUGUGGACGGGGAAUUGGUUGAGGCUUUUCUAGACCUCUCGGCACCCCAACAGCAACAAGUUGCCGAUAAGCUUGGGGACACCGCAGAGUCCAGAGUCUGGAUCAAAUCAGGCAUCUGCACCGCCGACUCCGUCAUCAACCUCCUCCUUUGUACCCUCGGCUACAUUCCCGGCCUCCUUCACGCCUGGUACAUCAUCUCCCUCUACCCCGAGUCUGAAUAUGAAUACGAAAGAAUUCCCGUGAACGAUACAGAGGCGCAACAAGGCGGUGUCGUCCGUCCCAAUGCUCAUGUGACGUACUAUUACGUGGAUCAUCGGCCGGGUGCGGAGGGGCUGAGGCAAGAGGCGCAAGGGGGGGAGGGUGGUCAAAGACAGUAUGGGACAGUGCCACAGCAGCUGGACCCUGCGCCUAUGAGAUAUCCAUCUGGGAGUCAGGGACCGAGUAAUGCAGAGGGACAGGAGGGCGUGCCGCCAAGUUAUGAGCAAGCUGUUAAGGGGGAUAAUAAGGUGCAGACAUGA